AUGCGCAGGAGGCGCCGUCUCCUGAAGGCCGAGGUUUCUAGUUUCCUUGGCAACAAGGGCCCAGGGAAGGGUCACGAGCUGGUAGCAGGGGACGGUGCUAAACCAGGGUUCUAUUUUUCUGCCCAGCAGGAUGGCAGUCUUCAAUGCCCCACCUGUAAGGCCAUUUACGGGGAGAAAACAGGGACCCAGCCCCCCGGGAAGAUGGAAUUCCACCUCAUCCCCCACUCGCUUCCUGGCUACACGGACACCCAAACCAUCCGAAUCGUCUAUGACAUCCCCACUGGGAUCCAGGGUCCUGAGCACCCCAACCCUGGCAAGAAAUUCACAGCAAGAGGCUUCCCCCGGCACUGCUACCUGCCUGACAAUGAGAAGGGCCGCAAGGUGCUUCGGUUGCUCAUCAUGGCCUGGGACAGGAGGCUCAUCUUCACCAUCGGCACAUCCAACACGACGGGGGAGUCGGACACUGUGGUCUGGAACGAGAUCCACCACAAGACAGAGUUUGGCUCCAACCUCACUGGGCACGGCUACCCGGACCCCAACUACCUGGACAAUGUCUUGGCAGAGCUCACGGCACAGGGGGUCUUGGAGCCAUCGGCGAAGGACUGAGACCUGGGCCCCUCCCCCAGGCUGUCCAUGCUCCUCACUCUACUGGACAUCUCACUCUUCUAUCCCUUCACCCCCACACAGCCCCCCAACCCGACCCCCUCCAACAGGCAGGCGCCAGGAUCUCUCCUACCUGGGAAAGGGGAAAGCAAUCCUACCAGAGUCUAGGCUGGGGACAAACGUUUAGAAGUCCUUCUUUCAGGAUGACUGCAAGGGACAGAUUGACAAGCAAACCCACAUUCUUGAGAGGGGAAAAGACGCGCCCCAAAACCCUCCAAGAACACACCACAGGCCCCUUCACAAAGUCAUCCUUCCCAAUUCUAUAGCCUUCAGUUUACAAAACACUUUCCUC